AAUAAUAUAUUUGUGAUAUAAAACAUAAUUUACUCGCUACCGACAAUGUCGUGUGAAAUAGUUAUUCGUCAAGCUCGAACUGAGGAUUUACAGCAACGCAUGGAACUUGUAUGUCGGGCCUAUUCUGGAUAUUUUUGGGAUGCAUUUAUAUUUUUCUUCUUCCAGGAGUUGACAUUGGAAUGUUGUGUGCUGGCCGCUGCGGUCCUGUUCAUCUUCUGUGGAAUAUCGGCUACAACAUGCCUGGUGCUUCUGCCAAUAGCUGCAGUAGUUGUGGCAGUGACUGUGGUAUGUGUCCACCAUGCACUUGCAUACAAACAGUCACAGAGUUUGCAUCAAGAGAUAAUUGGCAUUGUGGCAGAAGUGAGGGGAGGUCUUCUAUUGACCCCUAGAUCGGAAAGAGUGCCGAUUCACAUUCAACUGGUUGCAGAAAAACAUUCAGCUUAUUCUCAAGUUAUUGGUACCAUCAGUAUCUCAGAGUUCUGGGGUCCUAAUAACAGAGGCUGGCUGCAUGCGAUGGUUGUCCACCCCGAAUGGCGCGGGCGAGGAGUGGCGCGCGCGCUGGCGGGCGCGGCGCGGCGGGCGGCGGCGGCGCGCGGGCUCGAGGCGCUGGAGGCGGCGCUCAGCCACCUGCAGGCCGCCGCGCGCGCCGCGCUGCACGCCGCCGGGUGGGAGUGCCGCGCGGCGUACGAGCGCCCGCUGUGCGGAGCCGCGCUGACGCUUCCACUCGUGCGCCUCGGCGUGGACCUGCCGCUGGCAUGAGACGGACGCCGCGAU